UAAUGUUUAUUGUAGUGGAGACGCACCGGAUAGCCACUCUACAUAUUUCAAAUACUGUAAUUACUUAAGACAUUUGAAAAAAAAAAAAAGAAAACUCAAAGGGGAUGCUCCAUGGAAGAGAUGCAGUACACACAUAGGGAAAGGAGAAUGAACCACAGGAAAACGUUCUUCGUCGAGUGCUGAAAAUUGAGACAUCGUCCCGGUAAAUAUGGAAGUGGAUGGAAGAAGAAAACAAGGCAGGCCGAAUAAGAGAUGGGAGAUGAUUUGGAAAAAAAAGAGAGGAGGUUGAGUGGAGAGGAGGCAGAAGAUAGAGAGCCUUAUGAAAAAAAAUCAGUGAGGAACAGGGACCCUAUAUCAUAAAGGGUACCUAGGAACUGAUGAAGAAAGGAAGACAAAAGGAAAGUAAUCUAAAGUUAUUCAAGGCGUAACAGGCCAGAAGAAGAAGAGUAAAUGAUUCAAGGCGUAACAAGUCCCAAGAAGAGGAAGAGGAACGAAAGCCUCAGCUGUGGACCAAAACAAACAGUGCUUCGCUCAGCUGUUGGCGCCUUCAGGCGUAUCAGCCUCAUUACAUCUUUACUUUAUUGCAAUAUUCGGCCUCAACGCGCACUUCUGUAGUUAGCUAGUGCAAUAUUACAUCUGGCAACCUCUCCAACUUCACUUACCAAACCAGUUUAUGACCACGAAGGCAGGCACAAGACAGGUGGCCUGAAGAUUAGAACGAUGAUGAAAUAUGAAUAACUGUCAGCUGAGCACAGAACAAAAUCGAAUGGUGAACACUGGAGGUUAGUGUGGGAAGAUAAUGAGAGAAGAGGAUACUGGUCUGAUCAAUCCCUUCAGCCUCACUCACCAGCCCUGCACCUGACCACGAAGGCAUAAGUCAGGUCACUUUGAGGUUACGGACCGGGAUUGUCAGCUGAUUAGAGCGAUAAUGAAACAUGAAUGACCGUCAGCUAGGCACAGGACAAGAUCAAAUGGUGAACACAGUGGAAACAAGUGUGGCAUGUUUAUGAGAGAUUGGUCUUGUUAACUUCGCAUAUUGGAGCAACUCACGAUAGGUGAUAUGAACCAUUUUCAGCACACGCUCGGGCCCCUUACUGCCUCGCCUCGCUCUCACCUGUGCCCUCUGCUUCAAGGUAGCUAGCAGUGAUUAGUGUAAGCCUUACCUUUCACUCUUAGCACAGGUAUAGUCUCCCAAAGUUAUGCUAGUAAUUAUUAUGAGGUUAUAGGCUCUGUAUUAUCCCUUUGCACCUUGUAGUAAAAGCAGAAAAGGUUUUAUUGCUGUUUCAACUAAUACACCGUACAUAACUAUAGCCCUUUGUAGGGUCUAUAUAUCACUGUUUAGAUCAUUUCUAGCCCCAAUUUACCCUGUCGGAAAUUAGUAAUAAGUUUACCUUACGGGGGGAUCCCGGUGGGCGAAGCCUUCCCAGUUAGGUUACAAAAUGUCAGGUUAGCUUAAUUUACAGUAUGGAGGGUCCAGGGGAGGCCAAAGUCCCUCAGUUAGGAGGUUACAAAAUGUUAGGUUAGGUUAGUUUACGAUAUGGGGGUCUGGCAGGUUAGGGGAUGGCCAAGAGGGGAAUAUUGGUUGAAAAGGCAAAUUUACUGCAGAAAAUAUAUCCAUAAUGUACAUAAGUGAGGAGUUAUAGGCUCCAAUCUGAUAAUUAUCAAGGAAACAUGGAACAUUUUUUUUUAUUGUUGUAAAGGUUUCCUCAAUCACAGGUUAUUGUAUUUUGAUUAUGUGGUUCUAUUAAUUUUUUUUCCUAUGUAUAUUUAUAGUUUUCUGGUAUUGUUUUGGAAUUAUGCUGAUCUCAUUACUAAGAACACCUGUGUCAUAUGCAUGAGUUGCUGUUUACUCACAGAAGAGUUGUAUUGCUUUUCCAUUAUAUAUGUUACUCAUUUUUAAGAUUAAAAUUUCUUAUAUAAUUAAUAUUCUGUUUCAUCCCUAAAUUGUCAUUAGCUGAUAGAUCUAAAUGAACUAUGUUUACUAUAUUAAAGCAAACUUUAUAUACAUACAUACAGUUGCAAACCUCCUGCCUGUCACCUCAGGAGUAGUGGCAAUGAACACAGGGAUAACUUUACUCAAGACAGCACACAGUACUGUAGGUGGUGAUGACAUGCUUGGGUACACAAGACACAUGUUUAUCCUCCAAAUACAGCUACAGGACAUGGUUAACACUCAAAAACAUGUCUUAUUCUGGCUCUCAGACACACUACACACACGUCCUUACUGUGCUGCAUUCAAUUCCCAACUCAGCUGCACUCUCCAGCAGCAGGAAAACCUCACAGCCAGCAGGACAUCUACCUCCACACAGUUCCCUCAGUUUUGUGGUAGUGCCUUUGAUGGUUUUUUACUCUCCGUUCUUCAGAAGACCAAUAAUAGCGCCUGUCUUUUGGACACCUCCACAUUCUUUCAGAGUCCAUUCCAGCUAGCAGUGUGUUUGUUCAUCAGCAGGUGCCAAGACACAAUGGGAGACAAAAUGUUGGUGUUGUCCUGGAAAUACCACAAUGUCACCUUCUCAAACAUCAUCUCAAAGUUCCGAGACAAGGGCAACUACAGUGACGUGACAGUGGCAUGUGAGGGAAAGUUCUACCCUGCCCACAAGUUGGUGCUGGCAGCUUGCAGUGAGUACUUUGAGGACAUGUUUCAGCACACUGCUUGCAAGCACCCCAUUGUUGUGCUAAAGGACAUUACAGCCAAGAACCUUGAGGCACUGCUCAGCUACAUGUACUCUGGCGUAGCCAACAUCUCCCAGGAUGAAUUGGCCAGCCUCAUCCGUGCUGCCGAGUCUCUGUGCAUCAAGGGUCUGGCUGUGCCAGAUGACAGCAUGAACGACUCAACUGAAGCAGCCGCUGCAGCCACCACCACAUUUGCUGCUGCUGCUGCUGCCAAGCCCAAGCGCAGAAAGAAAGAGCGCUGCAGUGAUACUGUUGCAUCUCAGGAUGAGGAUUACUGUGAGGUGGAGGAAAGCAGCACAGCAGGGGAAUGCCAGGAAGUGAUUCAUGGUGCUGAGAAGGUGAGGGGCAUAAACAGUGGCAACAUCUCAGAGCCUCCCUUGCUCUUGCCUCCUGCGUCCCCAACACACAACACUGGAGCCCUUGAAUGCACUCCUGAUGUAUCCUUUAAGAGCCCUCUUGAGGAUGUGGUGGUGAAGGAGGAACUUUCUGAGAGCAGCCCUGGCCUGUGCUAUGAUGGCCAGCUAGAUUGUGCCCCAGAUGGCUUCCCCCCUUCAGCCACCACUACUGGUUUGACAGGGGGAAUGGGAACCAGCUCACAGCCACAGAAUUAUCUGUGUACCAUGGAGGGAGGUGGAGGAGCAGUGCCUGGCCUACAACAGCAGCAGAACCAGCAACAACAACCACUACCACUACCUCAGCAACACUUGACUGAAGCAGGCAUGCCAGGCUCCUCAGGAAUUUCACAGAGCCUUCAUGAGACUGAUGGGUGUUAUGACGGCUUUCCCAACCUUGACAGCCUUAACUGUGAGGGACAAAUGGAGCUGUACAGUCAAUUCAACUUACAAACAACUCCAUUUCACCUGCCUCAACUUGGCAUGGAUGGAGGGCGUAGGGGGAGGGCACCUAAACUGGCAGGUGGCACUGGAAGGGGAGGCAGACCCCGCUCCCUUAAGGUCCACCGCUGCACCCACUGCAGCUAUUCCACCCCCUGGCACUCUGUCUUUGUGAGGCACUGCCGUACCCACUCAGGAGAGAAACCCUUCAUCUGCUCCUUCUGUCCCUUUCGCUCCAGCCGCAAGAGUGUUAUCAAGAGGCACUGUCUGAGCAAGCACUCAUGAAUCCACCUUUACAGACCUUCAGACUAUGUAUUUCCUAUACUUCAUCACACCAGGUCUGGCAUAGUAAUUUUGCCACCUGAGGACACACAACGGUGAUGCUACUAAACACUGAUUGGCCAAAAUAUUCAUGUUUUCCCGUCAGCAGCAGAUUGAUUUUGUCUUUGACCAAAAGCCAUAGUUAUUUUUAAGAUUUGUACAUGUAUAAUCUAGUACCUUAUAAGUAAGUUGAGGUUCUGGUUAAAGUAUAAAAUCACUUUGCCCCAUGUCCUAAAAACACAUCUUAAAAAGAAGAAAUACAUUACCCACUUAGCUAAUGAGAACAACACUCAUUGACAGUGUUACAAAGUUUGUGUAUUUGCAGGUGGCAAAACUUCUAUCCCGAAGUCGAUGAAACAAUAUAGUGCCUCCCCCUCUUCUGGCCCAGUGACUUCCUCCUUUACCUGGUGAUCUCCUUAUUCAUGUAUUUUCUCUCAGUGACAUCCAUAUGUUAGUGAUGCACAUUUACUCUGUACUGGUGACUUGCAUCUUUUCCCAGUGACAUUUACUUUGUGACUCCUACCCUCCCAGGUAACAAAUGCAUCUUCAGUUGGUGAUCUGGGAUUCAGAUUUUCUCCCAGUGCCUCACCGUCUCUUUCUUCCUUCCCAGGUGUCUUACUUCUCCAGGAAAUUCCCUCAUGAGUUCCCUGGUGAUGUUCAGGGAUGUGUGUGUGUAUGUGCACUUGUGUGUUGGUUUGCUCAUGUGCUUUAAUGUGUUGGGUCUGUUUAUGAAGAUAUAUGUACAAUAUAGUACACGCACACACCCACACCAUGAUUGAUGCAUAUUAUUGAGUCAAAAUUGGUUACAGAAUUGUUGCUUUUAUUUAUAUACCAAUGAUAAGUUGAUGUUAAAUAUCUACGAGUAUGUAUAUAUUGUUUUGUAAGAAAGGAUGUAUAAAUCAUAUAUACUAUUACCAAAGAUCAGAUAUGUUGUAUCAUAUUUGACAUUAAUAUAUAUAUAUAUAUAUAUAUAUAUAAUCUUGCAUCUCA